GUCGGGUCUGGAUUGAGCGAUAAAGAAAGAAGAAAACCUCCAAAAAUUGGAAGCAUUAUUGUAUAUCGAUGCCAAGAACUUAGUGAUAGUGGAUCACCACGAUUUCCUACAUUCGUUGGAGUUGCUGCAGACAAAACUGAGCCUAAGGACCCUGAUUUCGGACAUAA